AUGCAGUUAAUUGAGCAGAACCGGCAGAUGAUCACGCCCCGGGAGGCGCUGCGCACAGUCUGGAGCCGGACCAAAAUGACCUCGAAACCCUCCUCCUCCUCUUCCUCCUCCUCCUCGCACGGUCCGAGAAAUUCCGAGGAAUUGCGACGAGGAGCGAAGGGGAAGCAGACAAGCAAAAGAGCGUCCGUCUCCCAGGGGCUGCCAUGGCGUCGCACGGACACUGGGCCCUCCUCGGGGGCCGCCUCUUCCCCCGAGGUGGCCGCCUUCCUCUCGGGGAGCGACUCCCUCGAGGACAUCACGGACCUCGUCAAGGUCAAUCCCGUCACCACGGACACCGUGCUGCGCUGCCUGUGCUUGCGCUACGAGCGAGGAGCGUUCUACACGCGCGCGGGCUGCACCCUGGUGGCGCUGAACCCCUUCCAGGCGGUGCCGCUCCUCUACGCCAGCCCCACCGUGCACGCCUACCACACCUGCCCUCGCCUGCAGGAGCUGGGGCCGCACCUGUUUGCCGUGGCCGAGCUGGCGUUCCGCAGCGCCACCAGCGGGCCCGACCCCAGGGACCAGUCCGUGGUGGUCAGCGGGGAGAGCGGCGCUGGCAAGACGUGGUCGUCUCGCUGCCUCAUGCGCUACCUCGCACUCGCCUCGCGACCCGGCGGCGGCGGCGGCUCGGCCCCUGGAGACGCCGGAGGAGCGAUCAGUGACGUCAACGACCCCCACCAGCAGCUCCACCACCACCAGCAGCUCCACCCCCAGCAGCAGCUCCACCACCCCCAGCAGCUCCACCCCCAGCAGCAGCUCCACCCCCAGCAGCAGCUCCACCCCCAGCAGCAGCUCCACCACCAGCAGCGCCACCCCCAGGAGCACAUCGAGCGCGUGCUCCACUCCAACCCCCUCAUGGAGGCCUUCGGUAACGCGUGCACGCUUCGCAACAACAACAGCUCGCGCUUCGGCAAAUAUGUGCAGCUGCAGUUGAACAGUGAUCACGAGCUGGUGGGCGCCUCCAUACAGACGUACCUGCUGGAGAAGACCCGCGUGGUCUUCCAGGCACCCCACGAGAGGAACUUCCACAUUUUCUACCAGAUGGUGAAGGGUGCGAGCGAGCAGGAGAGGGAGGCGUGGGGCCUCCCCGCGGAGGCAACGUUCACGUGGCUGCCCAACGCGGAGCAGCACCUCGAAGAGGACGACUUCGAGGUGACGAAGGUGGCCAUGGUGAACCUGGGCAUGGAGCCUGGCGAGCGAGACCUCGUCUUCCAGGUUCUCUCGGCGCUUCUGCACCUGGGCACCGUGAGCUUCACGCAGCACGACGAGGCGAAGCCGUGCAGUGUGCAGCCUGCGUGCCACGGGAGCCUGGCGACGGCGUGCCGCCUGCUGCGGCUCCCGGAGGAGGCGGUGCGCGCGCGCCUCGCGCUGCGCGAGAUCGCCACGACGCAGGGCGGGCGGCGCUCCGUGCUGCUCACGCCCUGCGCCCGGCGCGAGUGCAGCACGCGGCGCGACUGCCUCGCCAAGCUCGUGUACACGCGGCUCUUUGAGUGGCUCGUGGCGCUGGUGAACACGAGGAUUGGCGCCGGCUCCAGCACGUGGAGCCGCUUCAUCGGGCUCCUGGACGUGUACGGGUUCGAGUCGUUCCCCAUGAACAGCCUGGAGCAGCUGUGCAUCAACUACGCCAACGAGAAGCUGCAGCAGCACUUUGUCGCGCACUUCCUGCGGGCGCAGCAGGAGGAGUACGCGCAGGAGGGGCUGCAGUGGUCAUUUAUCGACUACGAGGAUAACUCGAGCUGCCUGGAGCUCAUCGAGGGCCCCGUCAGCGUCGCCACCCCCGUGGGGCCCGCGCCCAGCCUCUUCUCCCUCCUCAACGAGGCUUGCCGCGCGAACCGCGAGUCCAACGCGGCGGCGCUGGACUCGCACCUGCGGCGCACACUGGCCGGCCGGCGCUGCGUGUCGUGGCCACGCUUCUCGGACGCGCCCGAGUUCGUGGUGGAGCACUACGCCGGCUACGUCCCCUACCGCAUCGACGGCCUCACGCAGAAGAACGAGGAUCCGGUCCCCCCCGAGCUGAUCACCCUGCUGGAGGGCUCCCACAAUCCCCUCCUGCAGCAGCUGUUUCCCGUGUCGCCGGCGGGCGGCGGGGAGCCUCUGUCUCCAUCCCCGCCAGGUCCUGCGCCACGCGGCAAGGCCAGGGUCAUGACCGUCGUGUCAAAGUUCAAGGCGUCGCUCGACAGCCUCAUGAGGCUGCUGCAGACGUCGACGCCGCACUACGUGCGCUGCAUCAAGCCCAACGCGGCGUGCCGGCCCCACACUUUCAUCCCUGAAGAGGUUCUGCCGCAGCUGGAGGCGUGCGGCAUCGUCGAGACGAUCAACAUCAGUGCCGCGGGGUUCCCAGUGAGGGUCUCAUACCAGAGUUUUGUGGACCGCUACGGCGUGCUGCUGGGAUCGGCCCACGACCCCGCGGGCGGGCCGGCGGUGAGCGGCCACGAAGGGCCGGGCGGGGACGGAGGGCCCAGCGGCCACAGCGGGCCAGACGACCCCGACGGAGAGAACGGGAGUGCGCGCCAUCGCAGACGACGCCGCGUCGCUCUGGGACGAGGCGACGCUUCAGAGCGCAUCCUGGAGCUGGCGGUGGCCGUCGGCCGCAAGCCUCCAUCACCGCCGUCGUCGACAUCGUCGGCGCCUCCUCGUCGCUCCGCCGCCGCGCACUGCGGCAAGACCAAGAUCUUCCUGGCGCAGGAGACGCUCGAGAGCCUGGAGCAGGCCCGGCACUGGGCGCUGGAUCUGCGGGCGAAGCGGAUCCAGGCUUGCUGGCGCCGUCUGCUGGCGCGGAGACUGGCGCGGCGCCACCAGGCGGCCCGCACCAUCCAGGCCUACUGGCGCGGGAUGCUGGCACGGAGACUGGCGCGGCGCCACCAGGCGGCCCGCACCAUCCAGGCCUACUGGCACGGGAUGCUGGCACGGAGACUGGCGCGGCGCCAUCGGGCGGCCCGCACCAUCCAGGCGUGCUGGCACGGGACGCUGGCACGAAGGCUGGCGCGGCGCCACCGGGCGGCAAUUCGUACCAUCCAGGCGUGCUGGCGUGGGACGCUGGCACGCAGAUUUGUGCGGAGACACAGGGCGGCAGUACGCACCAUCCAGGCCUACUGGCGUGGGACGCUGGCACGAAGGCUGGCGCGGAGCCACCGGGCGGCAGUAUGCACCAUCCAGGCCUACUGGCGUGGGACGUUGGCACGAAGGCUGGCGCGGAGCCACCGGGUGGCAGUAUGCACCAUCCAGGCCUACUGGCGUGGGACGCUGGCACGGAGGCUGGCACGGACCCGCCGGGCGGCAGUACGCACCAUCCAGGCCUACUGGCAUGGGACGCUGGCACGAAGGCUGGCGCAGAGCCACCGGGCGGCAGUACGCACCAUCCAGGCGUGCUGGCGCGGAACGCUGGCACGGAGGCUGGAGCGGAGCCACCGGGCGGCAGUACGCACCAUCCAGGCGUGCUGGCGCGGGACGCUGGCACGCAGAUUUGUGCGGAGACACAGGGCGGCUCGCGCCAUCCAGGCCGGCUUCAGGGGCUGCCGGGCGCGCAGGGAGGCGGCGCGGGCGCAGGGCGCCGCCUCCACUCUGCAGCGCGCGUGGAGGACGCGGAAGCGCAGGACGGAGGAGUCGGCGCUGGAUGAGCUGGACGCGGCGUCGUCUCCUCCGCUAUCGGCGGUCGGCGACACAAACUCUCCCGGUGGCCUCGUCCACCAAUCAGCCUCCUCCGCCAUCACCGUCGCCGCCCCCCCAUCCUCCUCCAUCAACCCCAUCUCCUCCCCAUCCUCCUCCACCAUCGCCACCGUCACCUCCCCAUCCUCCACCAUCACCUCCCCAUCCUCCACCAUCACCACCAUCACCACCAUCACCUCCCCAUCCUCCACCAUCACCACCAUCACCUCUCCAUCCUCCUCCACCAUCAAUGCCACCACCUCCUUAUCCUCCACCAUGGCCACAAUCACCUCCUCAUCCUCUUCCGCCAUCACCGUCACCGCCUCCCCAUCCUCCUCCAUCAACGCCAUCUCCUCCCCAUCCUCCACCACCAUCGCUACCAUCAUCUCCCCAUCCUCCAACAUUGCCAGCAUCACCUCCCCAUCCUCCACCAUUUCUACCAUCAUCUCUCCAUCAUCUUCUGCCAUCAUCAACGCCAUCACCUCCUCAUCCUCCACCAUUGCCACCAUCAUCUCACCAUCCUCCUCCAUCACCACCAUCACCUCCCCAUCCUCCACCGCCAUCGCCACCAUAACCUCGCCAUCCUCCUCCACCAUCGCUGCCAUCACCUCCCCAUCCUCCAACAUUGCCAGCAUCACCGUCCCAUCCUCCUCUGCUAUCACCACUAUAACCUCCCCAUCCUCCACCAUCGCCACCCCAUCCUCCACCAUCACCACCAUCACUUCCCCAUCUUCCUCCUCCGCCAUCAACACCAUGACCUCCCAAUCCUCCACCAUCACCACCACCACCUCCCCAUCACCCUCCUCCUCUGCCAUCAUAAACGCCAUCACCUCCUCAUCCUCCACCAUCACCACCAUCAGAUCCCAAUCAUCCUCCUCCACCAUCAAUGCAACCACCUCCCCAUCCUCCACCAUGGCCACAAUCACCUCCCCAUCCUCCACCAUCACCACCAUCACCUCCCCAUCCUCCUCUGCCAUCACCACCAUCACCUCCCCAUCCUCCACCAUCGCCACCAUCACCCCCCCAUCCUCCACCAUCACCACCAUCACCUCCCCAUUCUCCUCUGCCAUCACCACCAUCACCUCCCCAUCCUCCACCAUCGCCACCAUCACCUCCCCAUCCUUCACCAUCACCUCCCCAUCCUCCUCUGCCAUCACCACCAUCACCUCCCCAUCCUCCACCAUCGCCACCAUCACCUCCCCAUCCUCCACCAUCACCUCCCCAUCCUCCUCUGCCAUCACCACCAUCACCUCCCCAUCCUCCACCAUUGCCACUAUCACCUCCCCAUCCUCCUCUUCAGCCAUCAACACCAUCACCUCCCCAUCCUCCACCAUCACCACCAUCACCUCCCCAUCCUGCACCAUUGCCUCCCCAUCAUCCUCCUCCUCUGCCAUCAUCAACGCCAUCACCUCCCUAUCCUCCACCAUCGACACUAUCACCUCCCCAUCCUCCUCCUCCGCCAUCAACACCAUGACCUCCCCAUCAGCCACCAUCACCGCUAUUUCCUCCCCAUCCGCCUCCAUCGCUACCAUCACCUCCCCAUCCUCUUCCGCCAUCACCACCAUCACCUCCCCAUCUUCCACCAUCACCUCCCCAUCCUCCACCAUUGCCUCCCCAUCACCCUCCUCCUCUGCCAUUAUCAACGCCAUCACCUCCCUAUCCUCCGCCAUCGCGACCAUGACCUCUCCGUCCUCCUCCGCUAUCACCACCAUUACCUCCCCAUCCUCCACCGUCACCACCACCACCACCGCCACCAUCGCCUCCCCAUCAUCAUCAUCAUCCUCCUCCACCAUCACCACGAUCACCUCCCCACCCUCCCCAUCCUCCGGCAUCGCGGCCACCGGCCCCCCCUCGUGGCCUCACCGCCGCUCGGCGUCGUUGGGCGACCACGGUUGGCCGGGGACGCUGCCGGACGUCGACUCCGGGGGUGGUGGCGCCGCCGGCGCCGUGACUGCGGUGGUGCCGUGGCCGCGCCGGCGCUUCAGCCACUGGGGCCACGGGGCCCCCACCAUCAAGAUGUCCGCCCAGGGCAUCGCGACCAUCCGAGCGCUGCCCAGGGCCAGGAUCCACCUGCGGGUCUCCCGCUCGCCCCUGAUGCACGCUGACCGCUGCCCCAACUCCCUGGCCUCUCCGGGCGGCGAGGGCCUCAACGACCUCGCUUUCGUCUGCUAGCGCCGCCGUCUCCUCGAUCCUGGCCCUGCGUGACCUCGCUUGGCCCCACGUGACCCCACGUGACCUUACGUGACCCUGGCCGUGCGUGACCUCGCGCGAUCCCGGCUCUACGAGACCUCGUGCGACCUCGCACGACCUCUCGCGACCUCACGUAACCCCUGGCCCCGCGCCAUUCCGCGUGGCUGCAGGGGCUGCCAGGACGGCAGAAGAGGAGAGGCACCACGAGUAGCUCCAUCAUCGGGACUCCUCACGUCCUCCGGGAAAACGGACUGAAAUUCCCGCAACUGCCGUUGCCUCCUCGAUGGGUGUCGACCCCCCGAUUGUUCCAUGCGAAGCCGGCGUUUCGCUGGGAGCUGCCCUGCGCCCGUCCCUGUCCCGACGAUUGUGCCGACUCCACCAGGCACACGCGCUUAAUGGACGGAAGACUCGGAUGCUGCGUCGUGCUGCGCUGCGAGAGUAUCGAUCUGCGACCGAGCGCCGUUUAAUUUUCUAGUUUCUCGUCGGGGCGAGCACGCGAAUGACCGCGAGCUCCAGACUACAACUAAACUAUAAACCAAUUUCUUUUUUAUUUUACCAGGUAAGGUCCACUGAACUACAUAGAUAUUUUUCAGAAGCGACCUGGCCAUCACAAAUGAUAGCUCAACGAAGUGGCUUAUCACGUGGAAAUUUAUAGCAGCAGCCAAAUGCUCUAAAUGCGUGAUGUCGAUUCUAAAUGUGGAGAGAAAACCGGAGGACCCGGAUAAAAAUAAUCCACGUGACCACGGGGAGAGAGAGACACCGCAAACUUACGAGACCUCCUGUAUACCAGGCGAGGUAGUUAACAUCUCGACCGAGUUAACGCCGAACUGCCCAGGGGACCCAUCUCGCUCACUAGCGGUUCCUGGCGAUUCUUGGCGGGUUCAUGGGCAAGACGUCUGUCGCUUCGCUGGGAGCUUCCUCUGAAUUCCAGUUCCUGUACGGGCGUGCAUUCCGGGUGAUUUGGUCAUGCCUUAAGUAUUUAUAUACAGUAUAUAUUAAGUAAUCAUGGAUUUUGUUACACGGAAAUGAACGCUACGCGGCGUGUCGCUGCAUAAGCGUUUUGAUUGCCAUUCGCUAACUAUGACCUGAUUGUGUUCGCGUUCUAACGAGAUCCUCGGCCGGGUGAUUUGUGUUCGUGGCCACCACGAGUGGCGGUAGAACACGGCUCUGGUGACGCGUGAUUCAGACCGUGCGUCAUCACACUUUACUUUGGUUACUUGAACAAAUAAUCUCAGGUCACUUUGACAGCAGGGGAGCCUGAUUUUACUUCUCUGCAUUGCGUUUGCUUCAUUGUUUCAUGAAAAUGAUGGACCCAAUUUCAAAGCAGUUGCUUUCACGAUGGCAAUAUGUUACAAUUAAACAAAAAGUUACAAACGGUUUAAUGGGUUAUCAAGUUUUACUAACCAUUUUAUAAAUGCUCUAUGUGCCCUCCACCUGCUGUACGGACAACAUCGAGACGAUAGUUGAAUUAGUCCCAAACGCCUCUCAAAGUGUCUUCUUCCACUGAAGUCAGCGCUGCCGUGAUUCUGUUUUUGAGGUCAUCCAGAUUAUUCGCUAAUGGUGGCACAAAAACACGGUCUUUGACGUAUCCCCACAAAAAAAGUCGCAGGGUGUGAUGAUGUCUGGGGAUCUUGGGGGCCAGGAGUGUAGCGCCAAGUCUUGGGGUCCCCUGCGACCUAUCCAACGUUGAGGCAGUGCGUCUUGCGAAUGACUGAGGCUAGGGGCUGUUUGUGCGCUGGGAGAGGCAUCUAGCGGUAAUCAUUUGAAACUCUAUGCCCCGCCCUCUCUAUGCCCCGCCCUUUCAAGUGGUAAGAGUUGCAUUCAUGGGCGGUUCGUGGUUGCAGAGAAAUAGCGAUUUCAAAUUGGGUCCAUCUUUUUUAAUCACCCGAUAUUAUAUUUAAAAAAAGUUUUGCUGGCUGGCUUCCUGCCUCGCUGUCUGACUGGUGCACAACUGCGGGUGCGCGGUGGCGGUGUCGCCGUGUACAUCCACGUGAUGACGUCACCUGCAUCCAAAAGCGUUGAGCUGGGUUUGUGCAUUGCGCCGACGUCUUGCCUCCCUCACCCUCCCACCCACCCUUCUAACCACUCUCCACCAUAGCCGUGUAUCCCGCACAAACGUGGGGGAUGUGUUAUCAUGCAAGCAUAUCAUAUGCUAAAAUCAACAAACGUUUUUUUCUGGCUGGCUAGCUGGAGGGAGGGGGGGGAUGGACGGACGGUCACAUCCAAAAGGAGGUGUGGGCUGCCCGUUAUUAUUUUAAACGAUGCAAUUAUUUACAGCACUUUGUCAAUCCGCUGCUGAAUGAAGGCCUCUCCCCGCGCCGCACAGUACGAGUUGGUAAAGGGAGGCGGGGGAGGGCGCGGGACUUGUGUAAGUUAUCACCCGCCACUGAUGUUAGCCGUGGCGGCGCCGGGAAUUGAACUCGGGUUGCCGUAUGUUCCUCAAGCAGAACGGACUGCAAGGAACCCGUUGUCCCCUAAUCCAGGGGGGACCGGCAACCAAAAUAACAAGAGCACUUUUAUAUUUAGAAUUGGGUUCCUUGAUGAGCCCGCACAAUGCUGCGGAGCCGCAGGUUUGCCAACCCCUCGUCCUUGCUCCGGUGACGGUUUGCCCGAUUCUCAAGUGGUGCGUCACCUUUGCACAAGUCAACACACUGCACGAUCCAUUUAGAGACACCUCACUAAAUCAAUGAUCGGGGGACGCAACGUGUACCGUGCUGGCCUUCACAGGUGCUCGCGAACAGCACUUGCCCCCACAGUCUGUUAAGGCUAUGACGGGGGACCUUUGUCUUUGUAUCCUUGCAAUAUAACGUUUUAAAGAGUUGUCCGCAAUGCAGUUUUAUACUGAGAUAAAAUCGCAACCCUAUUAUUAUUACUACGACUACUGGAUAUGCGGACAUUGCAUUAUGCGAUGAACGGCACUGACGGUUUUACCCUGGCACUGGCGCUUGAGAAUUAUCUUGGCGAAUGCACGUCACCUUGCCUGACCGAUACAUAGUGUCGGGCUGCUGUGGCGCUGUUCAAGUUGGGUUUGUGUAACCAGGAGGCCAGGAUAGAGUCUCAUUUAGCAACGGUGACCUGGGGGGGCAUUGGUCUGCUGCCAGAAGGCGGGCGAUGAUCGCUGCUCUGCGUGCGAUCCCACUGGGGUAACUUGGCGGCAUGAAUCCUGGAAUGGAGUAAAUUGUGGAGCCUGACGGAGGCACACAGUGGCCGUCCACUCUUGCCAAUGACGUGAAUGGGAUCUGUAAAACGUCGAUGGUGGAGUGGACGGCGCGUGGCGUUAUUAGGGCCAAUACACUGGCAGUAUUAAUCGGGACGGCCGCUCGAUAUCGAAACCGCGAGCGUCUGCAACAAUGCGACUUCAAGCCCCCCGUCUCUCGCGACUGCCAUGACCGCUGCCUGCGCCAGUCCAUCCCCAAUGUUGCCGCAACGUCAUUUAUCUCGUGCCUUUCUCUGGGAGUUGUGUGCCUCGACGGACUCUGUGCUGUGAUGAAAAUAAAUGAAGUGUUCGGAGCCUCGUGUGUGUGUAGUGCCCCGUUUGCCGAAGUUGUAACUGUUCCCGGUGGAACGAGGCGUUUUGGUGAGGCACGGUUAAAGCCGUUCGGAACGGGAGAAUCGCAACGUCUGUACGGUGAUUCGUAAAUUUGGUUUGUGUGUGUAAACCCUCCUCCACCCGACGCAGCCAAUUAAUAAAAGUGUCGCGUAAAUCAAACGUGGCCAGAUGUA